GACUAAUGAACUACAUCUCCCAUAUCCCUCUUGCUGUUUCAUUAACGUCAUAUUUAUGCGUCUACAUGCGUGUCUGCUUCAGCGUUUUUAUACCUAUGGCUGAAUUACCAAACAUUUAUUUUUCAAAUAUUGAAUUCUCCGACCAAACCUGUCCCUCAGGAAAAAGAUGGGGAAGAAAAACCCAACCGACACCGCUGAUCCUGUGAAUAACUUCGAGCGAUGGAAGAAGAAAUACAAUAAGACAAAAACAAGAGUCAAACAGGAGAAAACACAGAAAAGGAAACCUGAAUGGCAGGUGGAGAAAGAAGAUAAAUGCCAAGGAUGCUGAGAGGUUUUCAGAUUUCCCCAUCUCCAAGAAUACCCUGUGAGGUCUAAUGGAAGCACAGUAUCGUCAGCCCACAGAAAUACAGAGACAGACAAUUGACUUUGCGUUGCAAGGCAAAGAUGUUCUGGGUGCUGCAAAGACUGGUUCUGGAAAAACACUGGCCUUUCUCAUUCCUGUAUUGGAAUGUUAUCGUCAGCAGUGGACAACAAUGGAUGGCCUGGGGGCCCUCAUCUCCCCCACACGAGAGCUGGCCUAUCAGAUCGAGGUGCUCCGUAAAGUGGGCAAGAACCAUGAGUUCUCUGCCGGCCUCAUCAUUGGCAGAAAGGACCUGAAGAAUGAGAAGAUCCACCGCACUAACAACAUCAUCUGCACGCCAGGACGCCUGCUCCAGCACAUGGACGAGACAGCUGCCUUCCACGCUUUCGAUCUGCACAUGCUUGUUUUGGACAUAGGUUUUGCCGACACUAUCAACGCCAUAGUUGAGAACCUCCCCAAGACCCGUCAGACACUGCUGUUCUCAGCCACACAGACCAAGUCAUUGAAAGACCUGGCCCGUCUCAGCCUCCAAGACCCAGAGUAUGUCUGGGUGCACGAGAAGGACAAGUUCAGCACGCCGGCCACACUGGAGCAGAACUACGUGGUGUGUGAGCUGUCCAAGAAGGUCAACAUGCUCUUCUCCUUCAUCAGGAGCCACCUGCAGAAGAAAGUAAUAGUCUUCUUUGCCUGCUGCAAAGAGGUACAAUACCUGUUGCGGGUCUACUGCCGGCUGCGUCCGGGCAUGCCCAUCCUGGCCCUGCAUGGGAAGCAACAGCUGAUGAAGAGGGUGGAGGUCUACAACGACUUCAUCAAGAAGAAGAACGCUGUGCUCUUCGCCACAGACAUUGCAGCCAGAGGCCUAGACUUCCCUGCUGUGAACUGGGUGUUGCAGUUUCACUGUCCAGAGGACGCCAACACACACAUCCACAGAGUGGGACGAACCGCCAGAUAUAAGGAGGGAGGAGAGGCUCUGCUCGUCCUGCUGCCCUCAGAGGAGGAGUGCAUGCUAUCCCAACUCCAGGAGAAAAUAGUCCCCAUCAACAGAAUCCAGGUGAACCCAGAGAAGCUGACAAGUGUGCAGCAGAAGCUGGAGGCCUUCCUGGCCCAAGAGAAGGAACAGCGCAGAGGUGUUUUUUCUCCUACCUGCGCUCCGUCUACCUCAUGAAGAACAAAGAAGUCUUUGAUGUGUUCCAGCUCAAGCUCCAGGAGUACGCAGCGAAAGCAACACCAUGAAGAAGACUGAAAAAGAGACAAAGUUCAAAGAGGCCAAGAAAGUCCUGAAGAGGAACUUCCAAGUCAACACCAAAUUAGUCUUCACGGAAGAGGGACAUGUCUGUACAAACAUUUUUCUUACUGACGACAAAUUUUUAUUUUGAGUCAGAUCCAAUAAUAACCCGUUUUGGUGGCUUCAGGCUAAGCUAAAUGAGAAGACCACUUUAUGUCCAAACCAGUAUGUUUACCUCACUAACAGCCUUUUCACUCAGACAAAAUUAGAUGGCACGUGAUGUUUUGUGUAUUGAUGCUCAGCCAGCUGAAAAUUCAAUUAAGGACACUAAAUAGUGUGGUGUGUGUGUGUGUGUGUGUGUGGAUGUACUCUCAUUUGUGUGUGGGUAAACGUGUGUGUGUGUGUGUGUGUGUGUGUGCAUGUGUUGAUUCCCAUCCAGCUGAAAAUUAGACGGCAAAGUUGCAGUGUUGUAAUUUAACUGUGUGUUGAUCAAUGCCCCUCUCUCCAGAUGGUGCAGCAGUGGCCAACGCUCCAGAGGACGGCUGUGCCAGCCACAGAGGGGGAGGAGGAUGAUGGCACAACUGGCAUCAAUGUGGAGGAGGCCAGAGAGAGGCUGCGCCGAGAGUACCUGGAGACAAGCUGGAGUACAGACGUAAAGUCAAAGAGAAACACAGGGAGAAGAGACUGAAGGAGAAGGCUGCCAGAAGAGAAGCCAGCAAGCAGCACACUGAGGAGCAGAAGUCUGAAGAGGAGGUGGUAGCGUACCUGGACGGUGCCGAUGGAGAGGAGUUUGACCCCAGCACGCUUCCCGACCCGGACAAACUAUGCUCUGACUCGGAGGAAGAUGAUGACCAGAGCAGCCAUGCUGCUGGGAUGAGGAAGCGCAGCCUCAGUGACUGCAGCGAUGACUCUGGUGAAGAAGACGAGGCAGAGGGGAGCAGGAAGAGACCAAGGCAACAGGCAGCUGCCAAGCCCCUGGACACUGGCCUCUCUCUGGCUGAGGACGAAGAGCUGGUCCUGCAUCUGCUAGGGAUCCGGCGCUAGGGCUCACGAAAGAGAGGACAUUUACCGAACACUGUGUUAUGGAGGAUCCUCUUCAAUGUCUUGUCGUCAUUAUUUGGAUGUUCCCCACUAUUUUGGGAACAUUAGAGAUUUCCCAAACUGUCAAAUAAAACAUACAAUUUACUGUUA